CAGGUUGUUGAGAAGGUCAAAUGCAAGUAGGAAGAAGGCUCCCUCCCCAGGACAAGCUACUAAAUUUGCAAAGUCCAGUACAAAAUGAAAGUGUAGGGUCCGGUGUACAAAAGUCAUUAGGAAUGUCAAGGCUGGAACGUUAAAUCAAGCGCGGGACUCUUCUGUUCUGAGUACAGAGCCUGUGCAACCGCACAGCCAACACGCCCUCGAAGCCGGCCCUGGAGCCCGAAGGAGCGGAGCGGUUGCACACAGUAGGUGCUAAAUAAAUGCUCUUCACCUUUGUGUCAGCGCAGUCCUAGAGCUCUCGUGCGCUAGCACGGUAACGUUGACCAUAACACCGACCACUCGCUGUCACUUGUGCAUGCCUGGCAGAAGGACAAGACCUGGAAUCGCGCUCGCGGGGGAGUUCUACAGCGAAGACCGGCCUCUCCCACCGGGAACCCCGGCAUUCUGGCGAGUGUCUGCGGCUCAGCCAAGGAUAGAUCGGAUUAACGGCAGAUUUCCAACCUUAAACCUCAGUGCCUAGCAACUCUAGUGGCUUAUUAAGAAGAGCAUAAGGAUGUCCGCGGCACGCUCUGUAGGACAGAUGAAUGAAGUUUACCACCGUCCCUUGGAAGUCCCAGUCACUCGGGAGCAGUUGAGCCACUAUCGGAAUGUGGCCGAAAAUGCUCGAAGCGAACUGGCGGCAAGUUUGGUCAAAUUUGAAUGCGCUCAGUCCGAGCUUCGAGACCUCCGAUCCAAGAUGCUUUCGAAAGAAGCCUCCUGUCAAGAGCUGAAAGCUGAAAUGGAGAAUUACAGAGAAGAUAAUGCUAGAAAAUCAUCUCUCCUCACCUCCCUGAGAGACAGAGUUCAGGAGCUAGAAGAAGAAUCAGCAGCGCUUACUGCUGCUAAAAUUAGAACCGAAAUCACAGCUCACACUGCAAUCACGGAGAACCAGGAGUUAAAGAAGAAAGUUGCAGAACUAGAUGAGAACUUACAAAAAUGUUUAAAGGAAAAUGAGGACAAUAAGAAUCAAGCCUUGAAGAACUGCAAGAAACAUGAGGAAUUUCUAGCUCAACUUGGUGACUUCUUAGAUCCAGAGAAGAAGAAUGAAAAGGCAUCAGAUGAAGAUUUAAUUCUAAAGCUUAGAGAGCUGUGCGAGGAAAACGCCUUGGUGCGAAGACAGAUUGUUACUCUUGAAGAGACUGUGAAUGUCCAUGAGAUGGAAGCAAAAGCUAGCAGAGAAACCAUCAUGAGGCUGGUUUCUGAAGUAAACAGAGAGCAGAAAAAAGCUGCCUCCUGCAUCGAGGAAAGAGACAAGCUGAACCAGGACUUGCUCCAAGCUGUACAGAUCAAAGAAGUCCUUGAAAGGGAAGUCAGGGUCCUCCAGGAGAGGCUGUUGGCUGGCCAGCGGGUCUGGGAUGAUUCGAAGCAGGAGCUGAGCCUCUUGAAGAAAAGCUCCCGAGAGCUGGAGAAGAGACUGGAGACCAGUCUGGACGCGGCUGCAGCCUCGCGAAGCCAGUGCUCCUCAUUCAGGGAGAAAGUCGCAGCCCUGCUUAGAGGCCGCUGGGGCCCGACGGGGCCCACGGAGGAUGCCGUUUUGGAAAGGAUCCGAGAAAUGACCCGCCAGGAAGACAGCAGGGAAAAGAUGGUCUCCCAGCUUGAAGCCCGAAUAUCUGAGCUUGUGGAACAGUUGGGAAAUGAAUCUGAGUUUCACCAGAAAGCUCUACAGAGAGCCCAGAAUGCAGAAAACAAGUUGGAAACUCUUCAGGGUCAGCUGACACACCUCGAGGGAGAGCUGGUUUCUGGAGAUGUUUUGCGAGAUCACUUGAAUUUUGAGAAACAAAAAUAUCUUAAAUUUCUGGAUCAACUCUCAGAAAAAAUGAAACUGGACCAGAUGGCUGCUGAACUUGGCUUUGACAUGCGUCUGGAUGUAGUUUUAGCUCGCACGGAGCAGCUGGUCCGUCUCGAGAGCAACGCAGUCAUUGAAAACAAGACUAUUGCCCACAAUUUACAGAGAAAGCUCAGGACUCAGAGAGAAAGGCUGGAGAGCAAAGAACUACAUCUGAGCCUUCUGCGGCAGAAGGUGGCCCAGCUGGAGGAGGAGAAGCAGGUGCGCUCGGCCUUGGCCGUGGAGAGGGAUGAGGCCAAUCUCACUCUAAGAAAGUUGCAGAAGAAGGUGGAGAGGCUGCAGAAGGAGCUGAGUGUGUGUCGAGAAGCGAACACGGAGCUCAGAGCCAAGCUGGCUGAUGCCAGUGAGCUCAAGAUUAAAGCUUUGGAACAGACCAAAAUUAUUGAAGACCUAAGUAAGUCCAGAGACAAACUUGAGAAGAUGAAGGAGAAAGCUGAGAAAAAGCUAAUGUCUGUCAAGUCAGAACUGGAUACCACAGAGCACGAGGCUCAGGAGGAUGAGAGGGCCAGGAGCAUGAUGGAAGUGGUAGCCAGCGAAACGAAGAUGCUCAAGAAGUCUCUGGAAGAAGCAGAAAUGAGAGAAAAGCAGCUGGUGGACUUCAGGGAGGUGGUUUCCCAGAUGCUGGGCUUGAACGUGUCCAGUCUUGCACUUCCCGACUAUGAAAUCAUCAAAUGCCUUGAAAGACUGAUCCAUUCACAUCAGCAUCACUUUGUCACCUGUGCCUGUCUCAAAGAUAUGAUUCCAGGGGGCAAUAGGUACCCACAGAGCUGCUUAAAGCUCCUUCAUUGAAUACCAUCUCUUUGGGGGAGAUAAGAGAUGGAACACAAUGGUCAAUUUCACAAAUUCCCUAACCCUUUGAAAUUUGGUCAGUGUGUCAAUACCGUAUACUUUGAUGAUCAAGCCAGAAUCCCAUUUGCAAAAAAUGAUCUUAGAGGUGCCAGCUGUAGGUUAAGAGCACACAUUAUUUUAUUUGCUAGCACUUUGGGACCCAGAAGAAUUCUAGCAGAUUGCAUAUCUAGAGUGGACAAUGGCUGUAGGGGAUUAACAUUUGUGGGAUUCCUUUUAUGAGUCGGGGGCUUUAGUAUCCAAUUUAAUUUUCAUCGUAGCUGUGUGGAGAAGAUUUAAUGUUUUAUUUUAUGACCUGUCUGGGUCUCAGAGAGGGUAUUACCUACCCAAGAUUGCAAUUGGUUAGUGAUUGAACCGGCAUUCUGACCAUGUUGGCCCCAGAUCAAAGGCUGUGCCUUCUGCUACUCUGCCCUCCUCCAGUUUCUCCUGUUAUCGUGGUGAAAAUUGCCCCCAUAAAGGAAGAUAAACAUUCAUACAUUAAAUCAAGUCCACAAAGUGACUGAGAUUCAUGAAUGUCACACAUAUGGUUUCCUUAAAAAGUAUUAUACCUAAUUAUUUGGAUAAAACACAUAGGUCUGAGGUCCUGUAAGAAACCUACCAGUUUUAAAUGUUGCUGCCAGAUCAUAUUUGGUGGUAAUUUUUCAUUGAACAAGGUUGAUCUCAAUCCUUUAAAAAUGAAACCUUUAAUGUGAAACCUAUAAAAUGAAGAAAUCCUGCCCAGGUUUAUUCACCAAUAUAUCACAUGUACUGACAGCAAGAGGACUUUUUUAGAAUGGGGUAAAGUUUUAUUAUGAACUUCCAUCACUUUCUGCCAUCUUUUUAAAUUUCUACUUCACAAGUGUUUUUCAGGAAACCAUAUUCUUAACUUUAUUGAGAGAAACUUUUACUUUUUUGGGUGAGCAUCUUAUUUUUGAAUAUUUAAAUC